AUGAAUAGAUUAGAAAAUACGUUAAAACACGGUAAAGAAGACGAUCAUGAUUCCAGAGGAAAUUGUACAAAGCAAAACAAAACUUUGGAGUUGGACCUGGAUUACCUGGAGCGAGGUGGAGGUGGAACCCUGUCGGUGGGAGGCGCUCCGAGCUUGGAGCCAAGUCCUGACAGUCUCGACCUUGUCAAAGUGGUGCUUCUGGGAGCGCCAGCUGUUGGGAAGACUAGUAUCAUACAGCAAUUCGUUUGGAGUGACUUUUCGGAAGAGUACAUACCUACAGAUCGAAAACAUACUUUCUACCCUUCAGUCAUCAUCAAUGAGCAUUUAUAUGAAGUCAAAAUCACGGAUGUACCGGUAAUACCAUACUUUCCAAUAAAUUCGUACUACGAAUGGGCUCACUACAGGUUUUAUGGACUCAGAAGCGCUACAGCUUACAUUCUUGUGUUCGAUUUGUCUAACGUUGAAACUUUUCAGUACAUACGAACUUUGAGAGAUCAAAUGGUCGAAAGCCGGGACAUGAGAAAUGUUCCAGUGUUAGUUGUUGGCAAUAAACAGGAUCUACUUUGUAGUAAUACUCCAUCGGCAGCAAGUGGAUUACAACAACUAGCUAUAGCUGAAAGUGCUUGCGGAGACUCAAGGGAAAAAAGAAGAAAUAUUGUCAAUUUAGUACGGAAACACUGGAAGUGUGGAUAUGUAGAAUGUUCUGCAAAAUAUAAUUGGCGAGUGAUAGCUGUAUUUAAGGAACUAAUGGAGAUGAUUGACGCUUUAGAAUGGAGUGGUGGAGGACGAAGUUCAGAACCACCUCCUGAUUCUUCAGCGGGUGGUGGAUCAAGCUCAAGUGAAAAUCGCUGCGUGGUUGCUUAG